UAUUAACAAGUUUAAAAUUUUCGUAUGUGCAUAAUUGUUUAAUGUUUGUACUAUGUGUUUCAACAGCAAUAGUUUGCUCUGAGCUUGUGUGGUGUUAUUGAAGGCAUUAUUGCAUUUUCAAGCUGUAUCGAAGAUUGAGUAUCUUCGGGCUUCGUUCUUAAUCUCCAAGGUUCCAAUUGAGCACUUGUGUUCAAGCAUCCCUUUCUUCACGUUUCAACGUACAAACAUAUCCAGCCAGGGGCACAGAUGCAAUAGUGCCCUUUUCGGACUGUUGUUUGCACUUCUGUUCCAGUCAGUGCGUUCUCUAGCGUCACCGUUCUGUGCGACGCGUCAGAGCUAAUUUGAUAGUUUUGCGUUUUAUUCUUAUUAUUAUUCACUAGUGUAACUAAUGUACGGUUUUCAUAUUUCUGUAUUUUAAGCUACCCUCUUCUCCAACACUGUGGUUUCUAUCGCUGCCAAGUUAUUGUAUUUGCUCGCUUACUCUCCCCACCUUUAAUUGUUUUAUUGAUAUUUGUUUGGGAAGUGCAGUGUUUGUAGUUUCAUCUUCCCCAGCAUAUGACAUUUGUUUCUCAUAUUUUAUGUUUUCCUAUCAUGCUAUCAUUCUUCUUGAUACACCUUGUUUAAAAUCCAUUGGUUUUAUUUGAGUCACCACUCAGGGUACAUGUUACCGUCGCUUAACCGUGUAGGUACUAUGUAAUAUUGGUCAAGAUUGUAAAAAAAAACACUGUUGACGUUAAAAGUAGCACAUGCAUGAAAACAAAAUCUUUUUGUACUAUAUUCGCCUUAUUUGUGUUUUGAACAUGCAAUGACCGAACUGUGUUAACUGUAACCGUGUGCAUUGUCAAUUGUAACCAAGUAGCUAGCUACUCCAGUGUGGACUCUCUUCAAAGAAGGUACAACUUGAGAUUGAACAAACACUUAAAACUUUCGUCAUUCAAACUGGUCACUUGCCAGUUAUUGCUGACACUUGCCACUCAUUAGCACUGUGUACGUAUUUGGUGCUUUAUCUAUAUUUCACGUCAAAACAACCACAAAAGGCAUAUUUAAAAAAUGCUGCGGUCGGAGUACCCCCCAAACAUACCCAUGCCAAUCCCACGGAUGGAUUCAUCCAAAGCAACGGCUAUUAGGGAGCUACUAAAUGAACCCGGCAACGAUGUAUGCGCUGAUUGUGGAGCAACUUUAGCCUCCGAAAGCGCAUGGGCCGUUCUUGCAUAUGGCAUUCUCGUGUGUGACGAUUGCAAACUGGUACACAUAGAGCAUGAGAACCACUACAAUGCAACAGAAUCGAAUGGAAAUGACAAUUCUGUAAAAGGAAUUCUGUCAACACAAAUUCCUCAGCUGUGGGAGGAUAAGGACAUCGCUCAAAUUAGAGCAAAUGGAAACAAACGCACAAACAUUAGGUUACUUGCCAAUUCUCCUGUUUGGCAGUAUAGACCGUCGGGCAACGAUGGCAUUAAACUUAAGGAGUAUUGGAUCAAAUGCAAAUACAGUGGAAAUGCUGGAGAUGCAGCAGAAAAUCCAAAGAUUGCUGCCAAAAAACAAUUCAUUGGAAUUCAAUUUACCCGCCCAAUGCCCAAAGGAAAUUACCCGUGCUGUGUUGUGUUGCAAAGCGAUAAGCUUUACCUGACAUCUGAUGCACGUAAUGAAGAGGUUCCUGUGGAAUGUGUGGAGACGCUUGUCGUUAAUUCAAAGAGAAUUGGGCACGAGAAUGGCGUGCAGCUUACCUACCGUAUUAAUAAUGAUGGUAACACGGUUGCGUUUACAUAUCUCCAACAUGAUAAUAUGGAGACUGUAAUGGACUGGGUGAGCCUUGUGCUUUACACAAAGUACAACUUGCUAAAGAGGAAAUACCCCACCAUGAUAGAUGUAAACGUUGCCAAGAUAUUAAACUGUGGUAUGAUUAAGGAGUCGUACAUGCAUGUUACGGGACGUGGCCUCAUUUACCUGAGCUUAAGUGAAGCCAGACUCUCCUGCUUUCAGCACCACCUGGAUGAUAAACCCCUGUUCCAAAUUGCAGUCAGUGAGGUUAUGAACUUAACAGCAACACAGUACCUGGAUGCAGUCGCUUGUUUUUUCGAUAUAGAUGCGAGUAAAAUCCAAAGCUAUGCGGACUGGGUGACCGCGCUUGAACUAGUCCUCAAAACUGAUAAAAUCUCAGCUAUGCCAGAUGACGUUCCAAAGCCAUCUUUUCCAUUCUCUCUGUUAAAAAAGGCUGACAAGCCCCCACCAGCGCCUGCACCAGAGAGAAAUGAACCAACACCACCCAUCAACCAUGUUCCAAAACCAGUACCUGUCACUACAGCUCCUUCCAUUCCACCAGCUCAGCUCGUUCCACCAACUCCAAUAACCAACGGCGAAAAAGAAACCGACAAAAAACCAAGCAACUACGAAUGCUAUCCACCAAUUGGACCAAUGGGAGAAAUGGGCAAAGUAUUCAGAGGCGAAUUGCCACCGGAAGCAAUAAAGCCACCACCAUCGAAGAAUGACGUAGCUCGAAUUGGUGUGUUUGGUGAAUAUGUACCCGGGCAUCCUCUGCCCACUGUUACGCAGCUGCAGCCAAUCAAAGUCGACUCUUUCGGAGAUCUUGCCAACCCAGCUCUCACCUCCUACCCCACCACACUUAACACAGCUGUUGCAAGUGGGAUCAUAAACCCCGGUUUAACAAAGGAGCCUUCAUGCUACCCACCCAUUGGUGGCCCUGCCCAAGCAAUGAAACUUAGAUAUGCAGAACUAUCUGCUGCUAUGCAAGCACAGUUUGUCAGAGAGCAAGAAUUAGAAGAGCUGAGAAACGGAAAUCUCCUUUACCGGACAUCCAGUAUGGCACAAAAACAGGCGCUAUUUGAUCAGUCACGUCUCCAGAGCAACCCAGCUUUUGCGCGAGGCUACAGUGAAAGCGAUGCUUCUGCAUUCGCAACUAUGCCCCCUCCAAAUUUCCAAGGCUGGGGAGACAAUGGUGCAGAUAAUUUGCUGACAAUGCCAUGGAAACAGACAGUUAAUGGUUUUGAACCUUCACGUGGAUUCAAUGCAUCUUCUACAGCAUAUCCUGACCGUCUUGCAUGGAACGCAGCAAAACUGCAAGCUGCUGCUUUAGAGAGAAAGCUUCCAACGCAAGAUAACAAGAACUUGGCCGGCUUCGGAACUUGGGGUUCUCGACCACAAUCUGGUGAACCCGUGUCUACAGCUAUCAGUCGUGCUCCUUCAGGCUGGGGAAGCAAUUUACCAACAGGAAGCAUGGGGCACUGGGGAAGUAAAUCGUCAACCAACCCCCUCGACACUUUCUCACUGAGCCGUGACGGCCGCUCAGCCCCGCCGGGGAUUUCCCGCGAGUUCAGCAACCCCGGGUCUGUGUCCCGUGGGUUCAUGAACUCCAAACUUCCGUCUCGUUCUGACUCAACCUCCACAUCGCCUCCCGGUGUUAGCAGUCACCAUCAAAUUAUCAUCGAAAAUCUUCUUCGUCAAUGGAAGUCGGCAGAACAACGACUGCUCGGUCUCAUCCACAAUGAAUAUGUUCCGGCAUCGGACAUGUCUCCUGCAGGUACUGGCUAAAUAUAGGAUGGUAUUGGCUAAACAUGGGGUU